AUGUCGGAAGGAAAGGACAAGAGCGCCAACCCCAUGCGCGAGCUGCGCAUCCAGAAGCUCGUGCUCAACAUCAGUGUCGGCGAGUCUGGUGAUAGACUGACCCGUGCUGCGAAGGUGCUUGAGCAGCUGAGCGGUCAGACUCCGGUCUACAGCAAGGCCCGUUACACCGUCCGUACCUUCGGUAUCCGCCGUAACGAAAAGAUCGCCGUCCACGUCACCGUCCGUGGCCCCAAGGCCGAGGAGAUCCUCGAGCGUGGCCUGAAGGUCAAGGAGUACGAGCUCCGGAAGCGCAACUUCUCCGAGACCGGUAACUUCGGCUUCGGUAUCAGCGAGCACAUCGAUCUGGGUAUCAAGUACGACCCCGGUAUCGGUAUCUACGGCAUGGACUUCUACUGCUGCAUGACCCGCCCCGGUGAGCGUGUUGCCAAGCGCCGCCGCUGCAAGGCCCGUGUCGGUUUCCAGCACCGUAUCAACCAGAACGAGACCGUCAAGUGGUUCAAGAACCGCUUCGACGGCAUUGUCCGGUAA